AUGGUAGCUACCAAGAGACAACCAAGCAGCCAAAGAUCCCGAUUCUGGCUAUACUCUACGACGCUGCUGAUAAUAUCAGCUUUUUAUCGAUUCUAUCUUCAUAAUCUAGUCUUGUUGGCCGGAUACGGUCGCGUCAUUCAACCUGUCGAGGAUUUCCCAUGGGAUUGUCAACGCAUUGAUCAUCAGCUACUUGAAGGCUGCGAAGAUAUCUGGCUAGAUGAGGAAGGCCGAAAGCUAUACGGUUCCUGCGCUGAUAUAGCCUCCCGUAGGAGUUGGUCACCCAAUGGCAACUCAUAUGACGUGUCUGGGAGAUCACGCACCGAUCGUAUAGUGGUUCUGGAUAUUGACCGCCCUGGAUCAGAUGGCUUAUAUGGAUUACGUCAAUUGAAAAAAGCGCCCGAGUUUCAAGGAGACCUUGAUCUUCUUGGCUUUGACGCCCGCCGCAUUGGGAAUAGACUACGGUUCUGGCUCAUCAACCAUAAGCCGCCUGUUGAUCCUACCACGGGUGAAUUUCUUGACGCCAAAGCCGUUGGAGCAAACUCUACUGUGGAAAUAUUCGAUCUGGACGAUGGAGGGGAUACCCUGGUUCAUGUGAAGACCAUAUACAGCGAAGCAAUCAUCUCUCCCAAUAGCUUGGCAGUUGAUUCUAAUGGAGUUGGUUUCAUGGUCACGAACGAUCAGAGCACUAAGAUUGGAACUUUCCGAAGUCUAGGCCUGAUUUUUGGAAAGGGGAGCAUUGCCCACUGUCAAUCGGAUACCGGGAACUGUCAUAUUUCAGCUGAGGGCCUUACUUUUCCUAAUGGGAUUGUCAGGGGACAGGAUGGACUAUAUUACAUCGCCCAUUCAUCAACUGGGGAUGUAUCUGUCCAUGAACUCUCUGGAGAUGAUUUAAUUCAAGUGGACAAAAUCCCGAUAAACAUGGUGCUUGAUAAUCUUUCACUCGAUGCAUACGGUAAUGUGAUUGUGGCUGCAUCCCCGAACCUCUUCAGCUUUGUUAGAUCUGUUCAAAGCCCUUGGACCCAGAGUGCAUCGACAACUAUUCUGAGCAUUGGGAAAAGCCAAGAUGAGAAGCCAGGAUACAAAAUGUUCAAAAUGGUAGAAGAUAAAGAGGCCAAGCACCUACCAACAAGCUCAGUCGCCGUACAUGAUACCCAAUCUGAUCGCCUAUUUCUAGCUGGUGUAUUCUCACCAUUUAUGACUCGCAGCAUGGUUCAAGAGAUCAACCCAGCCUCCGCCGCUGUGGAGAAAGAUGACUUGGUGAUACCUCUUAUCGACUUUGGCCCUUUCUUCUCCGGGACUCCGUCCGAUAAACACUCCGUCGCGCUCGCUAUCACAGAUGCCUUUAAGGCUUCAGGGUUCGUCUACCUCAAAUCUCAUGGGAUUACACCCUCUGUGGUAUCGCAUGUGUUUGCGUCUUCGGCACGCUUCUUCCAACGACCCCAAGACCAGAAGGACAGUCUAGGCUGGGAGACUCCAGAGUCAAACCGGGGCUACAUCACAAUGGGGCGGGAGAAACUAUCCACCGUUGAAGUUGACAAAGUUGACAUUGAAGGUCUCCGAGCAACUCUCCCGGAUCUGAAAGAAACAAUGGAGAUUGGUCGGGAAGGCGUGGACGGUCUACCGAACCGCUGGCCUGAUGAACUCGACGAUGAAGGCAAAGACUUCAAGAAAGUCAUGCUUUCAUUCUCUGAGUUAUGCAAGGACCUGCAUCGCCACGUCAUGAGUGCUAUCGCUCUGGGCAUGAACCUCCCAGAGCACUUCUUCGAUGAGUUUAUUGGUGGAGGAGAUAAUACACUUCGUCUCCUUCACUACUCACCGGUGCGAAAAGAUGUCUUCAAAGACCAUCCCGACCAAGUUCGUGCUGCGGAGCAUACAGACUACGGCUCUAUCACGCUACUUUUCCAGGAUCGUCACGGUGGUUUACAGGUGCGCAGUCCGAGGGGGACUUUUGUAGAUGCGACUCCAAUCGCCGAUACCAUUGUCGUCAACGCUGCAGAUCUGCUAGCUCGGUGGUCUAACGAUACUAUUAAAAGUACCCGCCAUCGUGUCAUUCAGCCGCCUAGCCCUGCAGGCGAAGACUCUGAUUCUGAGACUUAUCCUUCUCGGUAUAGCGUUGCAUACUUUUGUAACCCUGACUUUGAUAAGCUGAUUGAGGCUUUACCCGGGACGUAUGGUGAGGAGAUUGAUGCCGUGAAGAAAUAUGCAGAUAUUACUGCGGGUGAUUACUUGGUUCAGCGACUCGGAGCCACAGUUUGA